CGCGCAUCAGUGUGUAAUGAUGCUGCCGGUGAGUGUGCACGUGGAUCAGGUGCUCGGUUGUCCUGUGAUAUGGAGACCGUGGGAUCUUUCAUCAAGAGAGACACAGUUAAAUAAAGGGGUUCCUGGAGGCACGAGGCGGGUUCCGGCGUCUGCAGGUUAUUUCCAUCAUCCCGUAAGGCUGUUCCUGCCCAGAUCACGGAUCCAGGAGUAUCUGUCUCAUCUAGGCCGGACGGUUCUGGCCAGCUUCCCCGCUCAGGCCACGCUGCACUUUUACAACGAUGAAGACUCCAGCUCUGAGGAAGAGGACGAUGGAGAAACAGACACACAGUAAAGGGAUAGUUCACCCACAAAUGAAAAUUAGCCCUGAAGCCAUCCUAGGUGUGUAUGACACUCUUCUUUCAG